UUCGCACACACGUGGGUACACAGCUGCUAUGGCGGAACAGUCGGUGACAGCAGAGUGUGCAGAAGCACAGGGACCUGCUUUAGGGACAACACAGGGACCCGGACCUGAACCUCUGUCUGGUACCGGAGCCUUAACAACGGCGGGGGCAGUAAAAUCAGCACGCCCCACUGCCCGUCGCGUAGCCAACCAAAUACCAGAUGAAAUCUCCCAGAAUCCUUUACUCCUGGAAGCCAUUUCUGUACUACCGCAAAACUAUAACUUUGAAAUUCCUAAGACAAUAUGGAGGAUUCAGCAAGCUGCAGCUAAAAGAGUUGCUUUACAGAUGCCGGAAGGGUUGCUGAUGUUUGCUUGCACUAUUGCUGAUAUAAUAGAAAGAUUUACAUCAGCAGAGACCGUGGUGAUGGGAGAUGUGACAUACGGAGCGUGCUGCGUGGAUGAUUACACUGCACGGGCGCUAGGAGCUGACUUCUUGGUACAUUAUGGGCACAGCUGCCUCAUUCCCAUCGAUGCCACACAUGGGAUAAAGAUGUUGUAUGUCUUUGUUGAUAUUAAGAUUGACACAUCACAUUUUGUGGAUACUAUACGUUUCAACUUUCAACAAGGAGCCUCGAUUGCCUUUGUUAGCACCAUCCAGUUCGUGUCUGCACUUCAGGCAGCUGUCCAAGCCCUACGUUCAGAGUACAAAAUUACUGUUCCCCAGAGUAAGCCACUGUCACCAGGGGAGAUCCUGGGCUGCACUUCCCCACGCCUGGAGACACCCGUGGAUGCUGUCGUGUAUUUGGGUGAUGGCCGGUUUCACCUGGAGUCUGUUAUGAUUGCCAACCCAGACAUAAAAGCCUUCAGGUAUGAUCCAUAUAAUAAAGCUUUCUCCAGGGAGUACUACAACCACAGUGCCAUGCUGGAAAAUCGAAGUCAAGCAAUCAAGUCUGCCACUGGUGCUAAAAUGUGGGGCCUCAUUCUCGGUACUUUGGGACGUCAGGGUUCACCUAAAAUCCUGGAGCACCUGGAGUCACGUCUACAGGCUCUCGGCUGUCGUUACGUGCGGCUUCUGCUGUCGGAAAUCUUCCCUAAUAAACUCAAGCUGUUCCCAGAGGUGGAAGCGUGGGUGCAGGUUGCUUGCCCAAGACUCUCAAUUGACUGGGGAACAGCCUUCGCAAAGCCUCUGCUUACUCCAUAUGAGGCCUCUGUAGCUCUUAAAGAAGCAGAAUGGCAGAAGACCUAUCCAAUGGAUUUCUAUGCCAGCCAAUCUCUGGGUCCAUGGACAGCGAACCACGAAUCUCAUCGACCUCCCAGAGUUGCGUCUAAACAAACAAAGUCAUCUCACCUCCGAAAGACCCCAGCCACGGAUGAGUGUGCAAAGAUAAUAGACUGCAAAUGUCGGGAAGAGAAACAGCCAGAGCAAAUGACCACAUUGUAGACUACGCUGAGAACUCCAACAACUGCCUGCGUACCGCUGAUUGCAGACGCUGAUGUCAUUCGCCACCUCUGGCAGGCAGGUGUGAAGAGAGAAAAUGAAACAGUAUGUUACGUCAGCUCGGUAGAUCUGGGAAGUAUCACUCUAUUACCAGCUUCAUAGCCCUUUAGACCGAAGAUCAUUCCUCAUUAACCCUUUUCGGUAUACAAAGAUCGUAAGAGCAUCAGUCCAUUACUUUAUCACAUCUUACAGCUUUACAGUUUAUGGACUGUGGGCAGGGGUCAGGGACCCCCCCUCCAUUUCACUUUUUGGAGUUUCCAGAACCAGGCAGUGUGUGCUACUAAUCAAAAGCUCUGUUUAAUAAGGGCUCAUCUGAGCCAUUUGCUCCCUCCUUUUGCCGUUGCCUGGGUGAUGAGGAAUCGGUACCCACGGAGCCCCCACUAUUGGCACUGACUUAAGCAUCCCCUCCUGCGAGAACCAAUCACCUCCCGCAUGGAGACCCACAGCAAGCAGCUCAGUAAUGUCUAUGUGAUGGGAUCACGGGCUUUAAUGUUCCUUGGAAGGGGCCCAGCAAUUGCUGUGCCUGCAGCUUCUAUCCAGGGAAAAGCUGAACCAGAGGGGUGUUACAUCGAUUGAAGUAAGAAAGUGCAUAAACAACAAAUAGCAAAUGCGGCGUAAUGUGCGAUUGGGGGUCGUGGUCCCAGUCGUGCAGACUCCUAAGUCCUUCAUUUUAUAACAAUAGAUGCAAACUACAUUUUGUUUUAUACCUUCAGAUGGUGAACAAAGUCUUCAGAGCACUGUGGAUUGGUGACAGCUCCUCCCGAGAGGGAGACCUAAGAGAGGUAGAAUUAAUUUCAACGGCAGUAAACCCAGUGUGACAUGACAAUCCAUGUGUCUGCCUCUUCUAUGUGACACAACUGUACUCUCUUAUAUUAAAAAAUAUAUCAAGUCACAUUUUAUGUCCAACACAUUACAUUUCUUCCGCAACAGCAAACUGUACUAGCAGAAUGACUGUGCCUGCAUUGCAAGUGUAUAUUAUAUAUAGUCCACAUG